AGUGAUCCGUGUCAAAGGAAAAAAGAACAUUCAGAAGAUAUAUAACCUCAAGAUAGAGCACUGAACAAAUAUACACCUUCGAGAGAAUACAAGUCUGUAGAGUGUUUAGAAAACACUUGACUGAAUACGAAUUAAAUGACAUACAUAUGAAUGAUCUGCACAGUUUAUUAGUAUGCCUUGAAACAAGCUCACCCAGCCCCAAAAGUGUUACGUGACACGAACACGGAUGUUGGAAAUACCCCACCUCGAGUCGACGUGUCCAACGCUGAAGGUAAGAUGUUUCUACAUCAGAUAUCAACAUAUAUUAUGGCACAUCACCAUAAUGAAAGAAGAAUCAAUAACGCAUAUUCAAAAAAUAAAGGACGCAUUAUAUCAGCUGGCCGACGCUCUGGAUAAAGACGAUGUACACUAUGCCAAAAUUUCAGGAAGAACCUUCGUUGUCAACUUAGCUGGAGGAACCAUUGUAACUCUGGGUGUUGGUGGUGCUUUUCGUCUCUCGCUUCUUGGAUUUUCUCUUGCCGCAAUGGUUCCCCCGAUAGCUUUUGCUGGAAUGGUUUUUGUGGCUGGCUUUGGCGCCGUUGUUGCGUAUUCAAGAUCUGCAGAAAAGGCAUCUAAAAUCUCUCACGUGAUUGAAGCACAAUCCAUUCUUGACGAGUAUUCAAAGUACUUAAGCAAACAAAAACCACUUGAAAGCUCUGACAUCACUGCCGUUGGAAUGUUAGGACCAAUGGUAGAUGCGUCAUCUCUUGUACUGAUCCCCAAAGACGGGAACGAGAUGAGAGGGAGUGGUGCUAUGGCCUUCUUAUUGAGAAGUGAAACGUAUACAAGUGUCACAAUCACAUUCAACAUAGGAGAGUAUGUCAAGGACAGCCAAACUCGAUGCAACUCAAGUUCGGAGCUCACAAAUGCAAUUCGUAAGAAGGCCAAUGAGCUUAAACAGAUUAUGGGAGUUUGGGUGAUCUCCACUCUGGUUGACGAAAAAUAAAAGGGAUGUAUUGAUUUUCCAGCCGUUGGACAUCAUUCUGUGAAAUAGUUGAAUAGAUUGUCAAAGAUUGAAAAUUUCCAGACAUCUUAUCUCAGAGCGAAAUUUUCAUGUAUAUCGCGAAUGGGGCUUUUCUUUAAACAAGAGGCUUAUAGUUUAAAAUAAAAACAAUAAUCCGUUUUUGAAGCUUAAAACAAACCUUACCUUCAUUCAAAAUCCCCCGAAUAGCACAUGGCGGGUCCCUUAUCAGAUUUUUAAAAAACACAAUCUCAUUGCUUGUCAAUACACUUCUCAUAUCAAUAGCUUUUCAAUUCCAGUCAGAAAGAAGUUUUCUGAAGCCACCCACUUUGUUAUGGUCCAUAGUCGAAAGUUAGUCAGGUUCAGAACCUUUCACCGCCCACGUAUACUGCAUGUAGUUCUAACCAAUAAUAUCAUACUACCGUGUAGUUCUAACCAAUAAUAUCAUGUUUGUGCAAUUGGUUAGUAUUUUUGUAAGUUUUAAUGAAUUUAGAUUUGA